GCUCGAGCAUUUCAUAGAAACUGAGUCUCAUCCAAGCUUGGCAAAGUUGCGCGGAGUCUCCACAGAUUCCAAAAUUCUGGCCAUUGUAUAUCACCUGAAGACAAUCAAUUCAGUGCAUAAUCUCCUCGAAAAAGAUAGUUUUACUUGGGAACAGAGGAUCAAGGUUGCUCUUGGAUUUGCUUCCUUACUGGAAUUCAUGCAUGCUGAGAAUCCUCCAUAUAUGCCAUGUCUGAUUCGCAAUAUACAUGCUGCUCAUAUAUUGCUUAAUGAGGAUUAUAAGCCAGUGCUAAUUGACUACAGUAUGCUUUCUGGUGGAAUUCUUACUGAUAGAAGACACAUUGUGAAUCAAUAUCUAGAAGGGUGUCACGGCUAUGUUGAUCCAGUUGUUGCACAUCGAGGUGAAUGGUCAGAUAAAUCUGACGUUUUUUCAUAUGGUGUUCUACUGUUGGCUUUGAUAAGCAAAAGAAUCCCCGAAGAAGAAAGUGAAUUGACCGAGAAUAAACAUAAACCACAAAACUCAAUGAUGAGCUUUAGUGAGCACAAAUCUUCGGUUGUGCAUCAAAGCCUAGAGUUCGAACCAUAUUUUUAUUCUAGUGAUGGAGUUAAAGUUGC